AUUAAUUACAUGGAAAGCUAAAGCACACAAAUCCCUGUCUCACACAGGCCAAGUGAUGAUGAAGUUGUACCAUUGAAGCAUCCCCGUCCCUGAUCCAUAAUCUGAUUAAUCAAGGCCGCUAUAUCCACUUCCAGGGAAAGGAUCUCAUGGACCCCCCGCGGAGGGCAGAUCGCAUCAUCAAUCCCUGCGACGAUAUCAGCAGAACGGACAUUAAACACGUCUCAACCCGCUGUUCUUGCCCAGCAGUUUGCUCGUCCAGUCAUCGCAGCCAUGAACAUGGCAAAUUUUCUCCCGCCACGAGCGGACAUUGAAGCAAAAGAACCCAUUCCCACAGACCAACCUGUCCAGCUGGAGGAACAAGAAAACCCUAGAUGCUGGUCUGCGGGGAAGAAAUGGAUUUGUACUGGAAUUCUGGUGUUGAUGACUGCGACGAUCGCCUUCUGCUCCAGCAUCUACACAGCCGCCAUCCCGUCCAUUUCACAUGCGUACGGCUGCUCGUCAACGGUUGCAACGCUGGGCAUUACCACGUUCCUAUUGGGUUUCGCGUCCGGACCCCUGCUAUUUGCACCGCUGUCUGAGGUCUGGGGUCGCAAUACAAUCUUCCGGCUCGUUCUGGGGCUAUUCGUCCUUUUCCAGAUUGGAUGUGCUCUGGCUCCCAAUGUCGCGUCGAUGAUCGUUUUUCGCUUUUUUUCGGGGUUCUUUGGAUCUCCCACUGUCACUAACUCCGGCGGGUCCAUCACCGAUAUCUGGCCCCAGGACAAUCGGUCUGUGCCCCUGGCCCUCUUCUCCGCGGCCAGCUUCCUGGGCCCCGUCAUUGCACCCACAGUGGGGGGUUUCAUCUGUCAGUACACGUCGUGGAGGUGGAAUUUCUGGGUGGUGCUGAUCCUCAGUGGUGUCUGCUACGUUGCCAUGACGGUGUUUCUUCCCGAGACAUAUCCCCCCAAGCUGCUGAUGGACAAAAGACGAUGCAUGUCAGGCUAUUCCCCAGCCAAUCAACCCACCGUCAAGGAGAUGCUGUACACGACGCUCACGCGGCCCUGGCUGAUGCUCUUCACGGAACCGAUCCUGUUCUUGCUUUCCCUGUAUAUGGCUCUUGUCUAUGGUAUCCUCUACCUGGAUUUCACGGCCUAUCCCGUCGUCUACCGCGAAACACGAGGCUGGUCCGCCAGUAUUGCAGGGCUUUCCUUCUUGGGGAUAUGCGUCGGCAUGGCCAUCGCCACUCUGAUCUCGCCAUAUGUCAAUCGAAUCCAUGGCAUCUACGUGCGACGCCUGGGUGGUCCUCAGCCGGAGGCUCGCCUCCCCCAUUUGAUCGGCAUCUCCUGGCUAAUCCCCGUCAGCUUGUUCUGGUUUGCCUGGACGGCAUCGCCGCCUACCCAUUGGAUCUCCGGCAUCGUCGCCGGUGUGCCCUUUGGGUUUGGCCUCAUCCUGCUCUUCCUGGGGAUCACGUCAUAUCUGACAGACUGCUACGGCUCGUUUGGGGCGAGUGCUCUGGCGGCCAAUGCGGUGCUGCGUUCCCUGUUUGGGGCCGUGUUUCCCCUCUUCUCGACGUCUUUGUAUCAUUCCCUGGGGACAUCGUGGGCAACGAGUCUGUUGGGAUUCGUGGCUCUGGCGAUGGCGCCAUUACCGUGGGUGUUUUAUCGAUUCGGGCCACGAAUCCGCUCGCGGAGCAAGUAUCAUCUGAAGACGAGGGAUUUCAAAGGAUCAAUAGUUCUACCAGACAUCAUGCCCUCUCCUCCAAUUGUUGACUUUGGUGAUUUCCUCUCCGGUGACCCGGAGCGCAAGAAGAGGUGCACCGAGGCCAUUGGACAUGCCUGCCGCACCCUGGGGUUCUUUCAGAUCACCAACCAUCCGAUCCCACUGAGUCUGCAGAAGGAAAUGUUCAGGCUGUCCAAGGAGUUCUUCGCCCUUCCCCUGGAGGAAAAGAUGAAACUAGACAAAUCCCAAAACGACCACAACCGCGGCUACGAAGUCAUGUACGGUCAGAUGAUCGAAAAGGAUACCAAGCCCGAUCUGAAAGAAGGCUACUACGUCGCCCAGGACCUGCCCCCAGACCACCCACAAGUCCUCUCCAAGAAGUUCGCCCACGGACCGAACCUGUGGCCCGAGUCGCUGGGCCCGCACUUCCGCGACACCUGCAUGGACUACCUCAACCAAGUGACCGCGCUGACCGAAAAAGUCCUGCAAGCCAUUGGGGUGUCGCUGGGCUACGACGAGUCCUACUUCGACGAGUUCUGCACAGAGCCCAUGGCCUUCUACAAGCUGCUCCAUUACCCGCCCCAGCCGGCCGACGCCGACCCGCUGCAGCGCGGUAUCGGCGCCCACCGCGACUUUGGCGUCAUCACGCUGCUGCUGCAGGGGGAUGUCCCGGGGCUGGAGCAGUGGACGAACGACGAGUACCUGUCGAACGUGCACCGGGUGAUCAACCGGUCUGAUGUAGACCGGUACUCUAUUCCGUUCAACUACAAUGGAAAUCCGGACUUUGUGAUCCGGUGCAUUGAGUCGUGUCGCUCGAGGCCGGAGGAUGAAAAGUAUGCGCCUAUCUCGGUGGAUGACUACGUGCGGCAGAAGUAUAAGGAUGUGUAUGGGCGCGUGGGAAUCUAUUCGGUUGCUGAGCGAGUCAAGGCACAGGCAGUAGCUUGA